AUUCACCUGAUCGUCCCCCGCGCCUGUGACGCGCGAUCUGGGGACGAUCCAAAGACUGACAUGGGUAGUCGCACCUCUCCUCUUGCGCCAGACUGAGCCUCUUCUGCAACUCGCCCUGCAUCGCGUCCACCCAGAAUCUAUCCGACCACACGCACGGUUAGCGAGUGCGCAUGCGACCUACUACAGAACAUUAAACCAAGCGAUUGAAAGGACUCAUCAUGUCCGGCCGCGGCGGCGCAGGUAACAUCAUGCGGGCGCAGGAGCAGAGCAAGAAGUCUGUUGAGGACGUAGAAGCCCAGCGCACGCCCACGACCGCCUCCCCGCCACCCACAUCAUCUGCCUCCUCCACGAACGCACAAGCCUACGCCCACACCGGCCGCGGCGGCGCAGGGAACUGGUACGAGCCUUCUAAGCUCGCGAAAGACGGCACGUUCUCCUCGCCUUCAUCCGCGGACGCCACGGCGCCGCCGACAAACAAUGCGAGGCCGAAUGUGAGCACGCCGUGGCAUCCGGAGGGGCAGGAGAUGCCUGUGGGGAGGGCUGGUAGGGGUGGCGCGGGGAAUUUUGUGUGGAAGGAUGAAGACGAGGAGGAAAGGAGAAGAGUGGAAGAGGAGAGGAAGAGGGGGGAGGUGAGCCAGAGUGUGGAGAGGGAUGUUGAGGCGGGGUUGGCGAAGCCGCCGGGGGUGUUGUUGGGGGGUGUGAAGGCGGGGAGGGGGUGGUAG